AUCUUCGCAUCUUCGCAUCAUCUUCAGUCUUUUUCCCACCGCCGUCUCGUGCUCCCCUGCUCUCCUCCCCGCCGCCGACCCACCUCUCCUCCUCCCUGCCCUCCCCAUCCCCGGCUCCUCCUCCUCCUCCUUCCUCCUCCCCGCCGCCAACGCAGCAACCGAGCUCGGCGCCGGCGCCAUGCGGGCCGUCCUCCUCUUUUUCCCCUCCUUCCCGCCGCCGACAGCGCGCCGCUCGCGCGUCGCCAUACCCGUCUCCGGCUCCUCCUCCUUCCCACCGCCUCCUACCCGCCGUCGACCAGCUCAAAUCGAGUCCCUUGCCCUCUGAUUGAACUCUCCAAUUUAUCUUUUCUACUUCCCCUGCACUAGGAGCUCUUCCUGUACUUUUCCCCUUACCUCUUUUUUUUUAGAUCUGUUACUAACAGCUUUGUUUUGCACAGAUUCUACGCAUCCGGUAGCUGCGUGUUCGGGGUCCAUCCUCUUCAGUUAGCAUCAGCAGGUUGGUCUCCAGGCUUGUUGUUCUUGUAAUGUUAUUUCAGUCUGCGUUUUUACUGUUUAGGCCCCCGUCCAAGAUGAACUUCCCCUUUUGUUCGUCCAUGUACAUAGCGUCAGAUUCGAACUACCUAAACCGGAGUCACCACGGCAGCAUUUAGAAUUCCUCUGCAGGAAACUAGGUGCUUCAGAUUUGGUGUAUCUUUGCUACAGGGACCACGGCUGAAUCUCCUUUGUACUGACUUGCCCUUCGAUUUGAAGUGCUUGCUUAACGAAUCUUGCACUGCCCUUUCACGUAGUAUGCGUGUUUAGUGUGUUCCAAGGAGACAAUUUAAUUUGCACCUGUCACAGCAAAACAAGAUGCCAAGGAGACAAUUGAUCCUUCCAGGAAUAUUGGUUUAGAACCUUCAAAUAACAGCACGCAUGAUACUAACACUAUGGGCUUUACCAAGUUACAGGUAAGUUGUUGUUUAAAAUUCGAGAAUGUCUAACUCCCCUUCUGAUAUUUUGGCAAUUACAUGUCGAAUAAUUUUCUGGUGUUUUCCUUGAGCACAACGUCGAGGUCACCUAUCAGCUACUGGCAUUAUUUCCACAUUGAAUAAAAACCAUUCAAGAUGUGAGAAUGGAAGUACAACACAACUGCUAGGCUGCUAAGAAGAUUGCUGAUGCAAAGCUUACUACGGAUUUCCAAACAAUCCUCAAAGAAUUCCAGAAAGCUCAACGGUUAGCAGUAGAGACAGAAGCUGCAUAUGCACCUUUUUUUUUCUCAAGCAGGUCUGCCACAGAGGUAAUUUGAGGCAUAUAUUUUUAUGCUUUGUUGCUAUAGUGCAAGGGGUUUUUUUCCUUAUUCAAGAUGAAUUGAAUGCCAUGUAGUUGAUUCAUUAUCCAUUUCUAGCCUUCCUGGUAGUCCUGAAAAGUAGAAUGCCUACAAACUAUAUCAGCAUCUGUUAGAAUAACAAAAGUCCAAUUAACGAAAUGAUCACGUUUUUUGCCGGCCAGCUGUUAAGUGCAGUAAGAUUCCCAUUAACAUCGCAAAGAUGCAUAUAGGAAAUCGAGUUAAUUAUAAUAAACAGUUUGUGGUGGCUUUUAGGACUUACUGUUCUCAACCAACUGUCCUCAGUUUUAUCAAUCCUGGCAUAUCUUCACACUUCCACAGCAUAUUUAAGGGGUAUUGUAAAUUCUGGUGCAAAGUUAUCCAACAAUUGAAAGCUAAUCCAACCUGCCAUAGAAAAGUUAUUUUGAUCCAAACACUCUUGAAAAAUUAUUUUGAAGCAGAAGGGCAUCUUUCUUUUGCUCCUGGCUUCUAGCAUUGCUUCUAUACAAGGAAGUCUCAUGUUUUCAGUUCGAGGCUUCAGAGUUAAUGGGAAUGACUCUUUGAAGGUAGGCUCUACUAAUUUAGCUUCUCUUCUAUAAAGAUUCUUAUAGCUAAUUGUACCUUUCUGUUUUAAUUAACCCACACCAUCUUAUAUUCAACUGCCAUGUGAGCGCAUACAGCAUCGCAGCCUGACAGGCCAUCUGACCAACCAGAGCAUCUGAACCUCAUUGUUUGCCACCUCUUCUUUUGACUUCUUUGCUUCUCACCCUGCUAGCUUCCUGUCUGCUCUGACUUCUUUCCUCCUUUAUCAGAACAGAUCUGUGUGAACACCAGGAAAAGAUACAAGACGCUGUGAAGUCUUGUCAGCAGAAGUACACAUUGCAUCAGCUUUAUACCUCAGCCCACCAUGGAAUCACCAACUUUAGGUUAACUACUUCCAUAUGUUACUCCGCCUGUACUGAUUUGAUGUUCUCCUUCGGCUUACAAGGAAGUAGGAGACAUCUACUUUGAUGACCAGUGUUUCAGAGCCAAAGGGCAGCAGAACAGACUCUUUUAAGCAGUGCCAUCAAAUGUUCUGAAAAAUGUGUUUGUGGGUGUUACUUAGUUUCCUAGAUUUGCUACUGAAUUCUAAUAUAGUUCACAAGGAACCAUGUAUUAUGGAGUAACAAACGUUGCGAGUCACUUUGGAGGUGGCUCUAUAGGUACCAUAAGUGCAAAAUAAAAUGGUCAAAACAUUUAGCUCCAGUGUGCUCAUUCAGGUCAAGCUCUACACAAGGGUGCAUAAAUAAGCAAUGAUUAUCUCUAACAAGCAGUGACUGCCAGUCUGCCAGCACGCUCCCCCUAUAUCAUCCGGCAAACCGAGAGCCCAACCACCACAGCGCGACGACACCUCGUUGGUAGCUAGCUCAGCUAGCCAGCUCCGAUCUGGCGAUCUCCCAGGCACGAGGCUGAGCCGGCGAGCGCGCGGGCGAUGGCUGGGGCGGACGGCGCGGUCGUCUCCUCCUCCUCCUCCUCCUCCCGGCAGUGGGAGAUGCACGUCGUGAUCUUCCCGUGGCUCGCGUUCGGGCACCUGCUCCCGGGCCUGGAGCUCGCGCAGCGCCUGGCGUCGCGCGGGCACCGCGUGUCGUUGGUGUCCACCCCGCGGAACCUCGCGCGGCUCCCGCCGGUGCCGCCCGCGCUGGCGCCGCGCGUGGACCUCGUGGCGCUCCCGCUCCCGCGCCUGGACGGCCUCCCCGACGGCGCCGAGUCCACCAACGACCUGCCGUCCGCCGCCUUCGAGCUCCACCGGAAGGCGUUCGACGGCCUCGCCGCGCCCUUCUCCGCGUUCCUCGACGCCGCGUGCGCGCAGGGUCCUGGGAGCAGGCCCGACUGGGUCCUCCUCGACAACUUCCAUCACUGGGCUGCCGCCGCCGCCGUUGACCGAAAGGUUCCAUGCGCGAUGCUCCUGCACUUGCCCGCGACCAUCUUUGCCGCGCUCGCCGACGCCGCCCAGACACGGCCCGAGCUGGCUGGCCCUGGCGAUGGGCAACAACAGCACGAAGCCACCGGAGACGGACAGCCGGCGGCGGAGGCUCCGAGGUUCGAGGCGGAGCAGAACAGGAACUUGUACAGCACCGAAGGCGCCUCGGGGAUCUCCGUCGGGCAGCGCUUCUUCCUAACCAUGCGGUGCUGCAGCUUCGUCGGCCUGCGGACCUGCGCCGAGCUGGAGCCGGAGGCCCUGUCUCGCCUCCCCACGCUCUUCGGCAAGCCGCUCGUCCCCUUCGGCCUCCUCCCGCCGUCGCCCGACGGAGCCCGCGCCGCCGGUAAGGACGCCGGCGACGCCAUCGUCCCGUGGCUGGACGCGCAGCCGGCGGAGGCGGUCGUGUACGUCGCGUUGGGGAGCGAAGUGCCCCUGAGCAUCGAGCUGGUGCACGAGCUGGCUCUCGGGCUGGAGCUCGCCGGGUUCCCCUUCCUCUGGGCUCUGAGGAAGCCCGCCGGCGCCGGUGACGCGGACAUCCUCCCGCCGGGCUUCGAGGAGCGCACGCGCGGCCGUGGGCUCGUCGCCAUGGGGUGGGUUCCGCAGAUCAGCAUCCUGGCGCACGGUGCCGUCGGCGCGUUCCUGACGCACUGCGGGUGGAACUCCACCAUCGAGGGGCUUCUGUUCGGGCGCCCUCUGAUCAUGCUCCCGAUCCAUGGCGACCAGGGGUCGAACGCGCGGUUGAUGGAGGAGCGGCAGAUCGGAGUGCAAGUGCCGAGGGAUGAAGAGGACGGGUCAUUCGACCGCCAUGCCGUCGCGAGGGCAGUCCGUGCCGUCAUGUCCAAGGAUGAAAGCAGGGAGACCUUUGUGGCCAACGCGAAGAAGCUGCGAGAGAUCGUGGCGGACAGGACGUGCCAGGAGAGAUGCAUUGACGAAUUCGUCGAGCGCUUGAGAUCCUCCUGCAUUGAGUGAAGAGAUUGGCCACGGCCUAAUGGGUUUGUGGCCUUGCGGGAGUUGGAUGAAGCGCGGCACGAUGUUGAACGUGAAAUGGCCAAACGGAUUCUUCACCACAUGCAGCCCGUGCGCGUGCACCUGGUUAAAGAUGCUCUCUUUGGACAAGUCAUCAGUGGCAUCCACAUGCUUGUACGGUGCCACAAGCCAGGGGAGCAGCGGACUGCAAGCAGGGGCGAAGUCACGUUGGAGUUGCCGAGUGCACAUGCACUACAAAAAAAAAAUCAGUGACUAGCAUCAAAAUUUUACCGGGGACAAGGUCUUUUUUACAUGUGUAUAUUGAGGUAUGCACUCGGUCUUGUACUCCUCUAUGCUCUAACUUCACCCGUGACAACAAAGCAUACUCCCAACAACUGUCGGAUCUAGAAUGUGAAGGAGGGGUUUAUUUUCCUCCUCUCCUUCUUCCUGGUAAGGGGGCUCCACCCACCCUGGAGACGCAUUGGCGAGCAAGAUGGAUUGGGAGAUGUACAACUUUGCGGGCGGGAGCGCGAGGGACGAGGCGGUGGUACGGUGAGAAGUAGUCCAUCUUGGUCGCCAUUGCCACCGGGGCUACCACGGGUCCCACUACAGCCGCGCAUGCCAUGCUCGACCUCUUUGCACUAGCGCUCCAUGAACUCGCCCGAGCCCUUGGACACACUCUUCGUGCUUUAACUUCUUCGCCGCGUCCAUUGUGCUGCGCAGAUGAGGGGGGCGGGCAGAGCUUGGGCGUUUCCAAUGGAGGCUGGCGAUGGCACACCAAUUCCCAGUCGGAGAGCCGGUGAAACGAUUAGGGAACGGAGGCGGGCGGUGGAGGAGCAAGUGGGAAGGGUGCUUGCAAGAGAAGUCAGACGAGAAAGACUAGUGGGCGGUGGAUUUGGUGAGCAAGCUCGGCUCGAUCUUGUGUCCCAGCAGAAGAGGAAGGGAAAAAAAUGGGAGUGAGAGGUGCUCAGGGACCUACAAGUGAAGAUGAUAUUAAUUAGAGGGAUUUUUUAUAUGUUCGUCAACAUAGCAUUCCAUGUUAGUAUUGGACAUUUGCGUGACGCAUUUUAUAGCUAAGAUGGACCUCUUGAGAGAGUUUGUGGAUCCAAAUAUAUGUUUUGAGAGUUUAGAGAUCUA